AUGGACUUCAGCAAGUGGAACGUCUUCUGGAGUUUGUGCUUUGGGCUGUUGUCCUUUCUAAUCAUCGUUGGAAAUGCUCUAUCCAUAUCAAUACUUUUCAAGAGAAAGCUACGAAAGCGUCCUCAUUACUUGUUAAUUAGCUUGGCUUUCGCUGAUCUCUUGGUUGGAUUAAUCCCAGUGCCACUUUACAUUAUCAUUCAAUACUCACGAUAUCGAAUUUUUGGUUUGGUUUAUACUCGCGGGGAUAUGUUUGCAGGCUUAAGCUCGGUCUUCACCCUUGCGGCUAUUUCCCUAGAAAGACUGCACGCAAUUGCUCGGCCUCUUCGCCAUCGACAACUCACCUUACGCAGCUAUGCGAUUGCCAUAGCAACCCCAUAG